AUGGCUAGUCCUCCAGUUCUAGCUUUCGAUGCCGAGGGCCGUCCAGUGAAGUUCGAAACCUGGCUAGAUGACCUGCACCUGUUCCUACAGCUCACUGCCAAGGAAGAUAUCUCACUGUACGACCACGCCCUAGGCCAUGCCACUGCCCCUGACUCGUCUGCUGACAGCACUCUGCGUUCCCAGUGGCAGACCCGUGAUGCGCACGCUCGCUUUGCUAUUCGCAACUCCCUGCCGCUAGACGAGCGCGAGCACUUCGGCCAGUGCAAGACUGCUAAGGACCUCUACACCGCUGUAGUUGCCCGCUACUCCUCACCCGCUUCUGCCACGCUAGGCCGCCUCACUCUCCCCUACCUGUUCCCCGACCUAGCCUCCUUUCACACUGUCGCAGACCUCAUCACCCACCUUAAGACUAGUGAGGCCCGCUUUCGCGCUGCUAUGCCUGCCGAGUUUCUCACUAGCAACCCCCCCCCGCUCUGGAUCACUCUCUACCACAUCGUCACCCGCCUCCCUGACUCUCUGCGCGCAGUCAGGGACCACUUCCUCUCUCGCUCCCCCACUGAGCUCACUGUUGCCCUCCUCGAGAAGGAACUGCUUGCAGCUGAGGCGAGCAUCGUCGCUGUAGGCACCUCUCGUGGCGACCCCCGCACCCCGUUCUUUGAGGGGUGUUCCCCUUCCCCCCUCCUCCCCUCUGUCGCCUCUGCUGCUGCUGUCGACCUUCUUGGUGCUGAGAAGGUCGGGACCGCGUCUGCUUCGAGCGGGCGCCGCAGGAACAAGGGGGGCAGGGGUGGGGGUGGCGGCGGAGGAGGUGGGGGUGGAGGCGGUGGGAGUGGAGGCGCGGCUGGGGAGACUAGUGGCGGCAGUGGGGGAGGAGACAGCAGCGGUGGGAGUGGUGGCGGAGGCGGCAGCGGAGGCGGAGGUGGUCGUGGCGGCGGCAGGGGUGGAGGUGGCCGGGGCGGCGGCGGUGGGGGUGGUGGUCGUGGAGGCACUGGCGGAGGGCAGAGUCAGCAGCCCGCCCCGACGCUUCAGGCCGCCCGUGAGUGGUAUGCGCAGCGUGGCUUUACCUACACGUAUGUCAUUCGCACAGGUGACCGCAGCGGCCAGCAGUGUGGGAGGCCGCACCCCACGCAGCGCUGCUUCGCGCGCCUUAACGACGCGUGGCGCACUCAGUUUCCUGCUGCCACUGAGCUGCCGCGCUGGGCUGAUCUGGAAAAGAGGGGUGUUGAUAUUUGGGCUUUAGACUUUGAUGCUAUUCUCACUGCCAUGUAUGCGAUGUCUAUUAGUGGAGAGGGUGCUCAGUACUUGCGUGUUCCGCCCGACCCGGGCAUUCAGACUAGUCCGGCUGCCGCUCUAGGUGCUAGUGCGUCUGCUCCCACAGGUCCUGGUGAGGCUGCAGCCCUAGGUGCUAGUGCGUCCGUGCCCCCUGGUACUGAGUCGACUGCAGCAUUGCACACCUUCACACUGGACUCAGGUGCUUCUCGCUCCUUCUUUCGUGACCGCACAGUCCUUGAGCCACUCGCUCGGCCAGUUGCUGUCUCCCUUGCUGACCCCUCUGGGGGUCCGGUCAUUGCGACCUCCUCCACUGUCCUUCCUUGUCCGGCGGUCCCGUCCGGCACGCUGUCAGGUCUCUACCUCCCCUCGUUCUCUACGAACUUGGUGGCAGGUAGUGCGCUCCAGGACGGGGGUGUUCACCAGUUCACCCCUGCCUACGAGCACGUGACACACUGCACGUGUGCUCGGACGGGUCGCCACCUGGCUACCUUCACUCGGGAGCCGGGGUCGGACCUUUACACACUGACCACUGAGUCCCCUCAGGUAGCUGCGUCCGCGUCUGCGUCUGCGUCAGGUCAGCUGUCCGCCCCCUGCUCGUGUCGCUCUCUGGCGCAUGAGACUGUCCUUUGGCACCACCGCCUUGGUCACCCGUCUGUGCAGCGCCUUCGGGCCAUGCACAAACGGGACCUUGUUGCUGGUCUUCCCAGGGUACUCCCUCCCCUUCCAGACUCGCCUGCUCCUCCCUGUAUUCCCUGUGUCGAGGGGCGGCAGCGCGCCGCUCCUCACUCCUCCUCCUUUCCCCCGACGACUGCUCCUUUGCAGACGCUCCACUUGGACGUGUGGGGCCCAGCCCGCGUCCGUGGCCAGGGUCAGGAGAGGUACUUCCUGAUUGUUGUUGACGACUUCUCGCGCUUCACCACGGUCUUCCCCUUGCGCGCCAAGGGUGACGUCCCUGAUGUAUUGAUCCCCUGGAUCCGCAGAUCUCGUCUCCAGCUCAGUGAGCGUUUCCGCUCCGACUUCCCUGUCCUGCGUCUGCACUCUGACAGAGGUGGGGAGUUUACCUCUGGCCUCUUGGAGGCCUUCUGUCAGCAGGAGGGCAUUGAGCAGUCGUACACGCUUCCGGCCUCUCCACAGCAGAAUGGGGUUGCUGAGCGCCGCAUUGGUCUCGUCAUGGAGGUCGCUCGUACCUCCUUGAGCCAUGCGGCUGCCCCCCAUUUUCUGUGGCCGUUUGCAGUCCGAUACGCUGCGCAUCAGCUCAACCUCUGGCCCCGUGUCUCCUUGCCCGAGACUUCUCCGACACUGCGUUGGACGGGAGAGGCUGGCGAUGCGUCGCGUUUUCGGGUCUGGGGAUCCCGAGCUUUUGUCCGCGACACGUCCACGGACAAGCUCUCCCGUCGCGCUGUCCCCUGCGUCUUCCUUGGCUUUGUCCCGGACGCCCCUGGCUGGCAGUUCUACCACCCCACCUCGCGUCGUGUCCUGGCCUCUCAGGACGUCACUUUUGACGAGUCCGUCCCCUACUACCGCCUCUUCCCCUACCGCACUGCCCCGCUCCCCCCCCCACCUCUCUUCCUCGCUCCAGGUGCUGAGGUACCAGACCCCCUCCCCCCUCAGGGUGCCGCUCCCUCAGGUGUGUCCCAGGUAGACCCGGGUGAGCCUGUUGAGGUAGCUGUUGACUCUCGUCCUGCUAGGGGUGCUGAGCCUGGGGGUGCUGCGUCUGGGGGUGCUGAGCCUGGGAGUGCUGAGUCUGGGGGUGCGGAGCCUGGAGGUGCGGAGCCUGGAGGUGCUGAGCCUGGGGGUGCUGAGUCUGGGGGUGCUGAGUCCGGGGGUGCUGAGCCUGAGCGUGCUACACCUGGAGGAGCCCUCUCCUCCCAGCAGCUGCAGGAGAGGUACCUCGAGUACUGCCGCCUCCGGAGAGGUGCUGCUGGAGCUCGUCCCGGUACUUCCCCUCCUACCCGGGAGCUCCCCCCCAUUCAGCAGAUCCGCGAGUGGUACACACGGCGCUGCAGUCUUCGGAGUGGUGCUCCUGGUGCUGCGGACCCGGGCGGUGGCGCUGCUGCUGGUGCUGAGGACCCGGCCGUUGGAGCUGCUGCUGGUGCUGCGGACCCGCCUGGUGGAGCUGCUGCUGGUGCUGAGGACUCGGACGUUGGAGCUGCUGCUGGUGCUGCGGACCCUGGGGGUGGCGCUGCUGCUGGUGCUGAGGACCCGGACGUUGGAGCUGCUACUGGUGCUGAGGACCCGGGCGGUGGAGCUGCUGCUGGUGCUGAGGACUCGGACGGUGGAGCUGCUGCUGGAGCUGAGGACCCGAGCGGUGGCGCUGCUGCUGCUGCUGCUGAGGACCCGGGCGUUGGAGCUACUACUGGUGCUGAGGACCCGGCCGGUGGAGCUGCUGCUGGUGCUGUGGACCCGGACGCUGGAGCUCCUACUGGUACUGAGGACCCGGCCGCUGGAGUCUCUUCUACUUCUGGAGACGCUGCGCGGCCGCGACCGUACUUCGUACCGCUCCUUCAGCAGGUUCUUGGGCAGGCUCCUCCUCCUUGUCCUCCUCCCUCCGUAGAGUGUCCUCCGCCUGUCCAGCCGCAGUCACUGUUACCGCCUACCUCGCCUCUCCCUGCUCCCUCUCCUUACACUGGUCCCACAGGAGGUCUUACAGAGCGUCGUGAGCCUGAGUCUCGUCCUGCGUCGCCUGUUCGUCCUGCUCGCACUGGUAGUCGUGUCCGUCGUGAGCGUCCUCCUCCUGUCCCCGGCACUCACUACAUGACUCUGCGUCCCUCUACUGCUCCUCAGCGUGUCCCUCUACCGUCUCCUCCUGCGUCCUCUUUGCCUGACGUUCCGGACCCUGAGUCUGACCGGUAUCGUGCUGAGCACCCUACUGUCACGCGUCUCCUUGCUACUGUUGUCACUGACCCUACCUUUGAGUCCUCGACUGCGUCUGCUCUGGUCGUUGAGUUGGUUGACUUUGCUGCUGCCUGUCGUCUAGACUACGCUGCUAGCCUUGUUGCUGAGUCUGAGUCUGAGUCUGUCUGUCCUCCGUCCGUCGGGGGUGAGUGUGCUCUUGGCACGGACGUCCUUGAGGACAGACAGGAGGAGUUCCAGUGUCUUGCUGCUGCUUUGCCCCGUCUCGUGUCCUUGCUAGUUGCCCCUGAGGGAGACCCGGAUGCACCAGACAUCCCGACCCCGCGCACUUACGCUGAGGCGAUGGCGGGUCCCUACUCCUCUCAGUGGCAGACAGCCAUGGACGCCGAGAUGGCUUCCUGGAAGUCCACACGCACCUACGUCGACGAGGUUCCCCCUCCUGGGGCGAACAUCGUCAGUGGCAUGUGGAUUUUCAGGGUGAAGCGGCCGCCGGGUUCUCCGCCUGUCUUCAAGGCGCGUUACGUGGCUCGAGGCUUCAGUCAGCGAGAGGGAGUUGACUUCUUCCAUACCUUCUCCCCCACCCCGAAGAUGACUACUCUUCGGGUGCUGCUGCACAUAGCCGCUCACCGCGACUACGAGCUUCACUCACUUGACUUCAGCACUGCUUUCUUGCAGGGCAGCCUGCACGAGGAGAUCUGGCUGCGCCGCCCACCUGGCUUCACUGGGUCGUUUCCUCCUGGUACCCAGUGGAGGCUUCAGCGGCCGGUCUACGGUCUCCGCCAGGCUCCGCGUGAGUGGCACGACACACUGAGGACUACACUUGCGACUCUUGGGUUCGCGCCUUCUACAGCUGACCCGUCGCUGUUCCUGCGCACCGACACUUCGCUGCCGCCGUUCUACAUCCUCGUGUACGUCGACGACUUGGUCUUUGCCACUGCUGACACUGCAGGACUCGCCUACGUGAAGUCGGAGCUGCAGAGGAGACACACGUGCACAGACCUGGGUGAGCUGACAAGCUAUCUUGGCUUGCGGAUCACCCGGGACAGAGCACGGCGCACCAUCACCCUGACUCAGUCACACAUGGUGCAGCAGGUUCUCCAGCGCUUCCGCUUCACGUACUCCUCGCCUCAGUCCACUCCUCUGCCUACCGGUCACUCGCUCUCAGCUCUGCCUUCGGAUGAGUCCGUAGAGCCGAGUGGCCCGUAUCCAGAGCUUGUGGGCUGCCUCAUGUACCUGAUGACCUGCACUCGACCUGACCUUGCAUACCCUCUUAGCAUCCUUGCACGCUAUGUCGCUCCUGGCCGUCACAGGAAGGAGCACAUGGAUGCCGCUAAGAGGGUGUUGCGCUACUUGUGCAGUACGUCGGGCAUGGGGCUUGUGCUUGGAGGGCGAGACCGAGUUGUUCUCACAGGGCACUCAGACGCUUCUUGGGCAGACGACCAGGCCACUCAGCGGUCGUCUCAGGGUUACACCUUCAGCCUUGGCUCUGGCUCAGUUUCUUGGCGCUCUACACGCUCUUCUUCUGUUCUCGGCUCCAGUUGCGAGGCUGAGAUCUACGCUACAGCCAUGGCUGCCCAGGAGCUACGCUGGCUGACCUACCUGCUGACCGACCUCGGAGAGCGGCCUCGUUCUCCUCCAGUACUGUACGUCGACAACAAGGCUGCCAUUGCCUUGUGUGAGGAGCACAGACUGGAGCACAGAACGAAGCACAUCGCUCUGCGGUACUUCCUUGCUCGUGAGCUGCAGCAGCGCGGUCAGCUUUGUAUUCGCUACGUGGCCACUGAGGCCAACACUGCUGAUGUGUUCACCAAGGCGCUUCAGCCUCGUGACCAUCAGCGCUUCUGCACUCUACUAGGCCUUGUGCCUACUGGACCUCACUUACUUACCUCUUGA